AAAUUUUGAAACGCAUAAAUGAACUGGAAAAGGAAACAACCGAUGCGACGAGAUUUCUACCGACUUAUGAUCAGAGACAGUCAAUUUUGCAAAUUAGAGCUCUGGCCGAGGAACUUAACGUGAAAAGAGCAGAGUUGGUCCCCAAGAGCAAAUUUUCAUUUAAGUCACGAAAACAAGUUCGAGAAGGGAAGAACACUACUGACUCUGACAAUGAGAACAAAAAUAUCUCAACUAUAAAAGAAAUUUCUAAUACUGCUACUUCGUUCGAUGAGAAUCUCCAAACGAUCAGCUACGACAACCGUCAGAAUACUUACAUUAGCAUGAAAUCUCAUUUGAUCUCGGAGGAUUCUAGGGACAAAGUAUUUGAUAUUCACAUAUCAAAUUUGGAUCAUUGUAUUGUGAAUCUUGUAAAUUCGGCCGCCACCAUAGGUGCGAUGCAUAUUAAAGGAUUAAAGGAUAGUGUAGUAAUAUCUGGACCCGUCGGAA